CAGCAAUAAUCUUAUCAUCAUCAAUUAAUUCAACAUCCUCCACUCCACACCAAUCAACCACAGAUAGAGACAUUUGCAUGCCAACAAGCGGUCAAGAUUCCCUUCUCCAGAGCGCACCCACCGUCCGAUUUUCACCAACGCUGGUUAAUAUCAUCUCAACCAUGGUCAACAUUCAACUAUUAUGUCUAGUCAGUUGCUCAUGGAAAGUACGAUACCUCCUCCCAUUCCCCAUCUCCCUUCUCUGAUGAUGAGAUGACUGAAUCUAUCAGCUUUGGCUAUUCAGAGAGAGAGAGAGACAGAGAAGCACAUAUUCAGAAAGAAUAUACGGCGAAUGAGUGAGCUUCAUGUCCAAGCUCGUCUCUGUUUUUCCUAAAAUAAUUGAUUUAUUUGUUUCUGAUUUGCCAAAGCUCCGAUAUUUCUGGUCUGUCUUUCAGAUCUGUGUAUUUCUGCUUCAUCUGAUGUUGUAGAAUUUACUAUACUUGAGUUUUGUCGUUGUGUGUGAGUGUCUCUCUUGAUUAUUUCCCUUUUUCCAUCAUCACCACCUCGUGAUUUCCUGGAUGAUGAUGAUGUUGCUAAUGGAGCUCAGAGUUACCUUAUCCAAUAACAGUACGAGGGCUACAAUUUUUCUUUGAUUAGAAACAUUUCUUCAAAUCACUCUAGUUUGCUUUCCGACAUCUAUUAUUCCUUCGGAUCUACUCUGGAAGGCAAAUAGAAUUUGCUAGUUCCGGUUUCCAGCUCCGUAUUUAUUCAGAUCUACUCCAUCUCUUGUCCAUCUCACGGUUUCUUUUUUGUUUUUUGGGAGUUCUAAGUACCCAUUGAAUAAAACUGACGACCAGUUGACUUACAAAAAACCCUAAAUCUAGAGCUGGAUCCGAUGCGUCUGUGUCAGAGCAUGAUUAAUUACUUCCCUGAGGAAGUAUUGGAGCACGUCUUCGAUUUCCUGACUUCUCAUGAGGACCGAAACGCGGUUUCCCUGGUGUGCAAGUCGUGGUACAGUGUGGAAAGGUUCAGCAGGGAGAAGGUCUUUAUUGGUAACUGCUAUGCCAUCAGCCCCAAGCGGUUGAUUGCGAGGUUCCCUAGGCUCAGGUCGUUGACCCUCAAGGGGAAGCCCCAUUUUGCCGACUUCAAUCUGGUGCCCUAUGAUUGGGGCGGCUAUGUGUACCCCUGGAUUGAUGCCAUGGCCAGGAGCGGAAUAAAUCUGGAAGAGCUGAGAUUGAAAAGGAUGGUGGUGUCUGACGAGAGCCUCGAGCUGCUUGCAAGGUCUUUCCCCAAUUUCAAGUCUUUGGUGUUGGUCAGCUGUGAGGGAUUCACAACCGAUGGUCUUGCUGCCAUUGUAUCCAGUUGCAGGUUUCUCAGGGAGCUCGACUUGCAGGAAAAUGAAGUCGAUGACCGCAAGGGCCUAUGGCUCAACUGUUUCCCCGAGACUUCCACCUCUCUUGUCUCAUUGAAUUUCGCAUGCCUCAAGGGAGAAGUCAAUGUGGCGGCCCUCGAGAGACUGGUGGCGAGAUGCCCUAACCUCAGAAGCCUGAGGCUAAACCACUCGGUCCCUCUCGAUGCUCUCCAGAGGAUACUAGUGAAAGCACCUCAGCUGAACGACUUAGGAACGGGUUCUUUCGUUCACGAUCCUGAUUCAGACGUUUGCAACAAACUCCAAAAUGUCCUCCAGAAGUACGCAUCCAUAAGAAGCCUAUCCGGAUUUCUGGAUGUCAACCCUCGCUGCCUUCCUUCUAUAUACCCAAUCUGCAUGGACCUGACUUCCCUGAACUUGAGCUAUGCUCCGGGAAUAUUCAGCAACGAGCUAAUAAAACUCGUCUGCUACUGCAAAAAUUUAGAGCGCCUAUGGAUUCUGGAUACAAUUGGGGACAAAGGGCUUGGUAUUGUGGGGUCCACAUGCAAAGAACUCCAUGAACUAAGAGUUUUCCCAUCCGACCUGUACGGCGUUGGGAAUGCUGGCGUGACCGAAGAAGGUCUGGUCGCAAUCUCAGCCGGCUGCCCGAAGCUCAACUCGCUACUCUACUUCUGCCAGCAGAUGACCAACGCAGCCCUAACCACAGUGGCCAAGAACUGCCCGAACUUCAUCCGCUUCCGUCUCUGCACUCUCAACCCAACCGUGCCAGACGCCACCAACGGCCUCCCGCUCGACGAGGGCUUCGGGGAAGUUGUUCGUUCGUGCCGGGGCCUGAGGCGGCUCUCUGUCUCGGGCCUGCUGACCGACAAGGUGUUCUUUUACAUAGGGAAGCAUGCCGAGAAUCUGGAGAUGCUGUCUGUUGCGUUUGCAGGGAACAGCGACAAGGGGAUGAUGUACGUGCUGAGUGGGUGUAGGAAGUUGAGGAAGCUUGAGAUUAGGGAUAGCCCGUUUGGGGAUGGUGCGCUGCUGGCGGACGUGGGAAAAUACGAGACAAUGCGAUCCCUUUGGAUGUCGGCGUGUGAGGUGACGCUAGGGGCGUGCAGGGAGGUGGCUGGGAGGAUGCCGGGGCUCAACGUGGAGAUCAUUGACGAAUGUGGGCCAUACGAUGGGGAUGAGGACGGGAAGGCCAAGGUGGAGAAGAUGUACUUGUACCGGACGCUGGUGGGCCCACGUGGGGAUGCGCCGGAGUUUGUGCGGACGCUGUAGGGAUGAUUAAGUAUGGAGGAAUUGGUUUUUGUUAAUUUUUUUUUUUUUUAAUAAUUUCGAGCAUUCCCUAUGGUGUGUUUCAUAAUUGNGAUGGGAACCGUAUUUAUGGAUACAUGCAAGUUUCAUUGGGGGUAUUAGGACUUGGAUUUUAUUAACUGAAUUUAGAUAUUAAUGUUGUAAGGAUGUUUUUGUUAAUAUUGGUUGCUAGUUUACCUUCGUCUAUUGUGUUUGACCGUGAUACUUGGAGUUUUUUCGCCUCUUUUGGCGUAGUUGGUGGCGCCAGACUUAUACACGGUUGGAUUUUAGCAGCCUAUCACCCACGGACACCCACAGACGGAUGGUCAAAUGGAUCACGGACACCCACGGACGGAUGGUCAAAUGGAGGUGGUGGUCCUGUGGUUUUGGUGGCAUUGCCGUCGACGGAGCCGUGUCGAGGUUUUUAUGGUGAACUCAUGCGACGGCUCGGGCGAAUUUGGAUGAAGCGGCUAUUGCGUAUAAGCGUCAUGCGGAUGCUCGUCGACGCCACGUGGAGUUUGAGGUUGGUGAUUAUGUUUGGAGUUUGAGGUGGGUGAGACUGUUUGGGUUGUGUUGAUGAAUGAUCGAUUUUUUACGAGUAUAAUAAGUUAACUGCCAGGAAGAUAGGUUCGGUCGAGAUCGUGGAGAAAAUCAAUGUGAAUGCUUACCGCCUACGUCUUUAGUCGCACAUUCGCACUUCGGAUGUGUUCAGCAUCAAACAUUUGGUGUCGUUCCUUGGUGACAACUCCAAAAAAGACAAGAUUGGGUCAGAUUCGAGGGUGAAUCUUUAUCACCAAGGGGAGAAUGAUGAGUCGAGAUUGCGCUCGCCUUCUUGAAGAAGCUUUGGCGUAUUUAAUAUAAUUAUGUAUUUCCCUUUUUAUCAUUAUUAUUAUUAGAUGCAAAUUAUAGUUUGGUAGGUUAAUAUUUAUUUAUUUAGCCAACUCAUUUUUUUGUUAGGUAAGUUAUUUAAUUACAACUUUGUCAGAUUCUA